AUGAUGGCUCUAAACCUGCCUCCACGUUCUGCACUUAUGCUCCAUAUUCUAAUGAGCGUGAGCCUGGUCACUACUGCCUUUCCUCAACCGAACCUUCAACCCUUCCAGAGAAACUCUCAUCCCAUUGGCCAAGAAGAUGACCUACAGGACCCAUGGGAGGCGCUCUAUCCUUCCAUCUCGUUGCGCAACUGGAGCAUCCAAAUGUUGUCCAGCCCCGACUUGGGCGAGAACGAACCCAGACUGGAGCAGCUCCCGGCGUACGAGUGGAUGCCCUUGAGCCAAUCGCAGGUGGAGGAAAAACUGAUGAAGGGUUGGCCGGGAGACUGGCAAAGGCGAGCGGGAGGCCAGGAAAAGAGAAACAUCGUGGUGGCAGACGAUGCGGCGUUCAGGGAGAAGAGUAAGCUUCUUACGGCCAUGGAGAGACAGAAAUGGCUCAAUUCCUACAUGCAGAAACUGCUGGUGGUGAAUUCGAAAUGAAUUUGAUUUGUAAUUGAGGUAAAUA